AUGGAUAUUUCAAUGAAUCAGCUUGAAGCUAUCAAGAUAUAUGCUCACCACUUGCUACAUCUUAGUUUGAAUGCUAAACUUGUAAAUAUGGGUAUAGUACUUAUUAAAUAGACAACCAAACUCUGUGCUAUUUAAAUAUCAAUUAAAGCUUGUUUAAAUGGCUAUGUUGAUCCAAAAACAAAUAUUUGUGUCUCUAACUGUGGACUCGGAAGAUAUGGAAAUCUGACUUUUGGUUACAAAGGAAUGAUAGAAAAAACAGAAUGCCUAGACUGUGGCUCAGCAUGUUUUGAAUGUAGCUUAGAAAAAGAGUGUAAAUCUUGCAUGAAAGGCUACUAUCUUAUUUUGACAGAGGGAAAAAACACUGGAACCUGCUUUGAAAAGCAAGGAUAACUUGAUCAUGUAAUUUAUGUAUAAUCAAAAGAUGAGAGUGGUGAAGUUUUCUAAGAUGGUACUUUUAAUUAUCCAUUUAAUUCAAUCCUUUAUGCUUUAUCAAAAGCCUAUAAAAUAGGAUCCUCAUACGAAUCAGCAACAAUCAGAAUAAUUUUGUUCUCCAACUAAACUCAUUCAAUGGUCAGAUACAAUUCAAAUCUUGAAGAAUUUGAAAUUUCUGACAUUUCUCAAUCAACUAAGAUUAUUAUUGAUACUUUAGACUCUGUUCCUACUAAAGUUUAUUUUAAGUUAAGGGAUAAGUUCAGCUUCUUCGUUGGAGCUGGAUUGUCUAUAAAUAAUAUAGAAUUUGACGCGAUCGAUUCAAUUUUGGAUGUAAGAGAGGGUAACAUAAACGAGACAUUGCUUGAAUUAUAUGAAUAUUAGUGUCUAAAGUCUAAUACAGAGAGUUGCUGCCAAUCAGAAUAUUAAUAAACUUCAUAAAGAUACAUCAUUAAUGGACCUUAAAUUUGCUAUGUUAAUUAAUUACCGGUAAGUCGAGAUAUCCAACUCCACAUUUUAAAAUAUAAAUUCAUGUGGAAGUAUAAUUGGUUAUCCUGA